UGGCGUCGGGGAAGAACGGGUAGCUGCAGUUGAGGUCGUCGACGGAGCACCGGCUGGCGGCAGUCAUGUUGUCCUCCAGGUCGUCGCUGCUCGAGCUGCUGUCGCCCGAGCUGGGCGGCGAGUCGAAGUCCGGGUCGCCGCACGAGUCCAGCGAGAGCACCAGGCGCGAGCUGUGCGAGUGCACCGGCACCAGCAACAUAUUUGUGUAAGAAGUGCACUAAUAGCACGCAUCUGUACGCCACGCUGUGCUGCACCUGCUCCUGGAGGAAAGGCCCGACACGAUGGAGCCGGCGCGGCCCCUGCGCACGCCCUUGACGUUGUCGCCCAUCUCCGGAGGCCCCAGGUGGUCGUUGAGGGUGAGC